AGCCACGCGGAAACAACAAAGAUUCGGGUUAAAUGACAGCUUUAUUUAUAAGGCAAUAUCUUCGAAACGUGAAACUCACAUCACGCGUUUUAGAACUAGGACAGAACCGAUUCGGAUUCGUCAUGCUGCGGUUUGAAACUAUUUAACGGUGUGUAGCUCUUUAGCAGAUCAUGGAUUCGGUUCAGACAGUCGUAAUUUUUGCUUUGAUCGCAGCUAAAUGUGUUCGUGCGCCUCCGCCGAAUUUCGUGCUUCUGUUCGCUGAUGAUUUGGGUUACGGUGACCUGGGAUGCUUUGGGCACCCGAGCUCUCCGACGCCGAAUCUGGACCAGCUCGCGGCAAACGGGCUACGCUUUACCGACUUCUACGUCACGAGUCCCGUGUGCAGCCCCUCCAGGGCAGCUCUGUUAACGGGUCGGUAUCAGACUCGAUCCGGGAUCUAUCCGGGUGUGCUGUAUCCAGGAUCGAAAGGGGGUCUCCCUCUCAACGAGACCACCAUCGCAGAAGUGCUGAAGUCUGAGGGUUAUUCAACAGCCAUAAUAGGAAAAUGGCAUCUGGGUGUUGGGCUGAACGGCACUUACCUGCCCACCCGACAGGGCUUUGACAAUUAUCUUGGUAUCCCAUACUCUCACGACCAAGGUCCAUGCGAGAAUCUCACCUGCUUCCCUCCAGAUAUAAAAUGCUUUGGGCGUUGUGAUGUGGGUGUGGUGACUGUGCCUCUUUACUUUAAUGAGACUAUAAAGCAGCAGCCGGCAGAUUUCCUGACACUUGAGAAGACCUACAUCAACUUUGCCUCUCAGUUCAUACAUGAUGCUGUCCAUAAUAAGCAACCCUUCUUUCUUUAUUACCCUUCACAUCAUACACACUACCCUCAGUAUGCAGGUGAAGAGUAUGCAGGCAAGUCUCUUCGAGGGCCGUUCGGUGAUGCUGUGAUGGAGUUUGAUGGCACCGUGGGAAAGAUUCUGCAAACUUUGGUUAAAACAGGUGUGAUUAACAAUACACUCGUCUUCUUCACCGCUGACAAUGGGCCCGAGCUGAUGCGGAGGUCUCGUGGUGGAAACGCAGGACUGAUGAAAUGUGGCAAAGGCACAACUUACGAAGGAGGAAUGAGAGAACCAGCCAUUGCAUAUUGGCCUGGUUUCAUCAAACCAGGUGUCACUCAUGCCCUAUCCAGUUCUUUAGACAUCUUGCCCACCUUUGCCAAAUUGGCUGGGGCUUCAUUACCUGAUGUGCAGCUGGAUGGAGUGGAAAUGACAAAUAUCCUGUUCAGUCUCGGACCGAGUGAAAGACAGGCCAUGUUUUACUAUCCCUCCAGUCCAAGCAAGAAGUAUGGUGUGUUUGCAGUGAGAUGGGGAAAAUACAAAGCCCAUUUCUAUACGCAAGGUGCAUCUCACAGUAUGACCACUCCAGACCAGGACUGUUCCUUAUUAGCCCUAAAGUAUCAUGACCCCCCUUUACUAUUUGACCUGGAGGCAGACCCCUCAGAAAACUACAACCUCAAUGGUUCAGACUGGGAUCCUGUGCUCCAGAAGAUCAAUGAUUUGAGGGUGCAGUUUGAAGCUUCUAUGGUGUUUGGAGAGAGUGAGAUUGGAAAAGGGGGCGAUCCCGCGCUAGAGCCCUGCUGUUCACCCGAAUGCUCCCCUAAACCCAAGUGCUGUCACUGCACUUCUGAGCUGUGAUGAGGCAGACUGCCAAGUAUUGCCAGUACAUACUAUUACACAAGGGAAAAUGGCUUUUAGACUAUGUUUUGAACUUGCUGCUUGUUGACCCUAGACUAUACUUUUAUAUGUACCCAAUGGGGUGGUUUCCUGGAAAGGGUUAAUGCUGCAUACACACCAAAUACAAAUUUGAAUUUUUCGCUUCAGUUGAAUAUUUUUAACGCGUUUGAAGUGAAUAGCACACAUUUUCGCAGCAAUAGCACCCCCAAUUUGCGUCAUUAACAUCGCCGAGCACAAGUUUGUGCCUAUUUGCGUAUUUGGAUUGACUUUGUAUGUAAUCUACACGCACAAAUUGUUUUCUUUGUGUUUGGUGUGUACGCCCCAAAGAUUACUCAUAGGAUUUAACUUAAUGUCAUGCAAACUUGUGCAAGGAUGCGUUUGAGGCGAAUAGCGUGUUUUCGUGGCAAUCGCGCCGCCCAAUUUGCAUCUUUCGCAUUCCCCCUUGCGAGUUCGCAUCUAUUUGCGUCUUUGCAUCGACUUUGUAUGUAAUCUACUUGCAGAAAUCGUUGAAUUCGCGCUUGGUGUGUACACCCCAAUUAGAUUAGACUAGGCCUUAUGCUGAAUACGCACCAAACGUGAUGCAUAGCAUUCCUUGCUCUAGAUUACUUGUGGGAUUUAACUUUGUGUCAUGCUAAUUUUUCGCUUGAGUUUAAAGUCGCAAUGAAAUUGAAAUGGAAAACUAUAUAUUUUUUUUGUAUUGUGGUAUUAUUAACAAAUGACUUAUCUGUGAGCUUCAUUAUUUUUAUAAAAUUUGUGUGUGCUCAUAAUCUUUAAUCAAAAAUGCAAAUCUCCUCCCCUCCUCAAAACGAUCCCUCUUCACUUCCGGUCAUAAGUAUGGCAGGUGGGCGGGGUCCGGGAGAAGAUUGCAACGAUUAGCAAUUAGCAACACGACCAGGCCCGGUAAUAGGCUUGCUGGACUGGGGGGGCAGUCAGGAUUUUUGGGUGGGCAGCCAUUUCUCGACUAAAAUGAUUCAUACACUAAAAUUAUGGAUGUUUCAAUCCAAUAUUACUUUGCAUGUCUUAUAAUAAAAGGCAAUUUAUAUGUCAUUUUGCACGUUCACAUUUUAAAAGUAGAUGCAAUUAGAUUAAUGAUUUAUAAUGUUAUAAUGAUUACACUAGUUUGACACAUUUAGUCACAGUUAAUAAAAUCAGGCAAGCAGGUGAUAUAAAUAUAAAGCUGUACAUAUAGCUAUAUUUUAUUAAUGUUUACACUGCAUUUAAUCUAUUAUUUUACUUAUAGAUAAAUUAAAGCCAUUCUUAUACCUACCCUACCCAACAUAUGCCUUUAUUCUAAAUAAACACUUGUUAGGAACUUUAUUUCCACUUCUCAAACAUUUUCUUCAUGUAAAAUAAUGUAUUUUCAAUGUGAUAAGCUGUAUUGUCAUUAAUUCCUGACCCUAUCAUUGCUGCUGCAGCAACCUCAAAUAUCACAACAAAGCACAAUGCUUUAAAUAAUAUAUUGUUGCAUCAUGUAAGCAAUUUGACAUGCAUGACAAAUUCGUCAAAGGUUAUCCUGUUUGCCUAUAACAGCACCAGACAAAAGCACAAGCCCUAAAAUACUGUAAGUGUGAUUUGCGACGAGAGCAAAGAUAAAUCACACUGCUUUGUUUAUAACACAGCAAAUUAGAUAUUAUAAUACAACGCAACAUUAUAAAAUACAACGUUUUACCUUACGAUGACCUUGCGGAGUGAAAGCUCCUCUUGAACUUAAAAGUCUGUAGAUUUUUGCGUGUGAAGUUUUUCUCAAACGCGAGCUGAAUGAUCUGAUGAAUGACGAUGACAAAACCGCUAAAAUUUGAUUUUAAAACUGCACUGCACGCAAUGCUCAGCUGUUACAAUACUGUAUAUUUACUGUAUAACCAUCUUAUAUCAUUUAUAUCUACUAUAUAGUAUGCCACAACCAAACUGCAUAUUCUAAUUUUAAUAAACAGAACUACGUCUAAAACAAACACAUUAAAUGCUGCUGGAGACUUGCCAUUGGCUGUUGUAUUUGCAUGAAUAAAUAAUGAGGUGAGUCUAAGAAAGGAUAAGGGGCUAUUUUGGGCAUGUUUUACUAUAAAAAAAGUUUUAAUUUAAUAUGUGUUGGGUUAUUACGUUUAUGUAAUACUAAAUUGCAUUGUUUUUGAUAUAUAUUUUAAAGAUGCGUUUUUUUUAGUUACCGUCAUAGAGAACAGUAGUACUUUUCCUGUGACUUAAAUACUGCUGAAAAGACACCCAAUGUUUGAAUAAGCUAAUCAGACGUUAGUGGGCGGGAGCUGUAAACGCUAGCGCUUGCCUAAAGAAGACGUUUUUUGUGUAAAGAGACUCCGUUAUUUUAAGGUUGGCUGGACAUUUUUUGGGGGGCACAAGGAAAAUCUGGGGGGGCAAUGCCCCCCCCAGCCCCCCUGUAGACCCGGCCCUGAACACGACCCAACUUCAAACCAUCCAAUCAGAUCUCGAUGGACAAAUUCAAAUCCAGCCCUGCCUUAUUUCAUCUCAAAAGCCGUUUCAUUCGGAUAUACGUCACCACGGGGAAAAUAAGGCAAUCGCUACUUCCGUUUCAUGGCGACUUUAAUAUUUUCAACUUGCGCUAAGACACGUUUAAGGCAAAUAGCACAUAUUUUUGUGGCAAUCGUGCCACCCAAUUUGCGUCAUUCGCACAACCCCGCACCCUCGCGAGUUUGCAUCUAUUUGCGUCUUUGCAUUGACUUUGUAUGUAAUCUACUCGCGCAAAUCGUUGAAUUUGUGAUUGGUGUGUACGCCCCAUAGAUAUUAGGUGAUUUAAGUAGUUUUUAAAGAAACCUUAAAAAACAAAACAAUGCAGGUGUACAUCUUGAGACAAAACAAUAGCACUGAUAUAUGUUAAUAUAUGUCAGUACAAUGUGCUUUUAAAUGAAUGCAACUCAGAGAAGCAUUUUAUAUGCCCUGUCCAGGAAACUGCCCUACAGAUUUUACGGUCUGCUUUUUUAGUUAAAGGUUUGUUUAAAAACGGCCAGGCUGUUACACAAGCUGUAAAACAAAUUUCACUCCAACAUAAAAAGAGAGAAGGGUUUAUUUAUUAUUUUUUUUAUUUAUGCUGACUUGCAAACUUUUACUGUACUAAGAAUUGCCUUUAAGAAUAACUGGAAUUAAAAAGUGUACAGCGGAUGCAUUGCAGUAAUCCAAAUGUACUUGUAAUUGUUAUGGAAAUGGUGUAAUCUUAAUGGCCCUAAAACUCUCAUUUUCUUUACACAAAAUGUAAAAAUGUGACCUUGCUGAUUUAACAGGAGAAAGGGAAUGUUAGUGUAUCCUCUCAUACAUUAUUAUAGAAGAUCAGGAGGAUAGUUCAACCAAAAAUGAAUAUUUGGUAAUUUACUGACCCUCUAAACCUGUAUGGGUUUCUUACUGAACUUAAGAGAAGAUGUUUUGAUAAAGGAUAAUUGCACAGUUGACAGCAACCACUGACUUCUAUAGUAGGGAAAAAUACUAUGAAGUCAGUGGGUGCCAUCAUUUAACAAAAUACUGUAACUUUCGUGUUCAACAGAAUUAAAGGUGCACUGUGUAACUUUUAGAAGGAUCACUUGACAAAUAUGCAAUGCAAUAUACAUUACUAUAUUAUCAGUGGUAUUAUCAGUGGCUGUGCAGUUAUCAGAACUUACAAAAUGAACAGUUAUGUUUUUAUUAAUGAGACGUCUUUAUAUACAUACACUGCGGUAAUGGAAGUUGCCAUUUUGCACUGCCAUGUUUCUACAGUAGCCCUUAUAGGACAAACUGCUAUACAGAGCGCGUUUUCUCUCAGACGACAACAUAGCUUCUCUAUGCGUUGCGAAAAGGGCAGGGUGAGCUGUGGAUUGAGCCAUUAAUCUCACCACUAGAUGCCGCUAAAAAUCUACACAGUGCACCUUUAAGUAACUCAUAAAGGUUUAAACAAAAUGAGGCUGAAUAAAUUAUUUGAACAAUUUUAAUUUUGGGUGAACUAUCCCUUUUAGUAGAUCAAGGUUAGGUAGGCCAUUGUGUAAAGCAAAUUGCCAGAACGUUAUGAAUGUUUUCCUUCCUUCCUGUUUUUAUAGAGGGUAUGCAUUGACGUCACUUUUCCACGUGACCACGCCGGAGCUCGCCCUCUUGAGUGGCAAAACAUUUAGCAAAAUGGCUGGCUGGUAUAGCGGCGGCCGCGAAAAUGUCAGUAUAACAGUAUAAUAAGUAUAAUAUAUAACUUGUCAAACUACCUGUGGUCAGUGGACGUUGGCAUGGACAAUCCAUUUACUUCUCCUUUCAGUGUUUUUGCCAGUGUGUAAAACGAUAGCUCAGAAUUCUUGUUUAAUCUGUAAGUACAGUCUAUUGCACAACAGCUUUUUCCUAUUUAGACACGUGUUCCCUGUGUUUUCGCUGAUUUCACACUGUACACAAAUUCUGCCGCUCUGUCUUUUGCCACUCAGUGGGCGUAACCAUAGUCAUUUUCGCCAAACGUGACAUCACAUUCAUACCCUCUAUUCUACAGUAUUUUAGGAUUCAUUUUCUGUAAAUCUACAUAGAUUUUCUGAAAUAAAGAGUUUUUU